CAAGCGAUGAGACGAGCGCGCUUUCCACUCAGUCAGUCAUAUACGUAAAGUCCAGAAAUAUACUUUAUAGUAUCCUUAGACAAGCACAGUUUGGGUAUAAUGAAGUCUUCGAGUUUUAUUCGAUUAUGGAUCGUCCAAAAUUGAGUGGAACUUGCCAAUUGACAAGGAUGCAUCUUGGGAGAUGAUCAUCCCAAAAUAUGAACGAUAAGGAUUCCAGAUCAUCCCUAGAGAAUGGCAAACAAAGUGUUGGCAACGAUUCAAGACCCUCCAAGAGAAACAGUGGAUUGUUUUCCUUUUUCAAGUGGCUCAAGCCUUCAGGGAGUGUCUCGCGCGAAUCUUUAAAUUCGGACAAAACGAACAAUUCCAGCAGUUGUGAAAGUCUUAGUUCCGUGCAGAGUUCUGGUACUGUUGCGUCUUUUUCGUUCGUGGAUCCUAGUGCGUAUUCGAAUAAUUUAACGGGCAAAAAUAUCCCUCAAUCCCCGGAGACGGACACGUAUAAAGCGAGAAUCAAACAAAGGGAUCACAGGAGAGAAAAAGAUAAAAACUUGACGCUGAGGAAAAAAUACAAUCUCUUCUUCAGCAGAGAUACAAUUCUGAAAAACAUUUCGACGACUGAUGAAAAUACUAAAAGUUUACCACUAAUGACGAAGCCUGCACUCAAGGAAGAAUCUAAAGAGGAAGGAUUUCACAGACGGACCAAUAGUGACUCAUCGAAGGUGAAAAAAGCUGGUGCCUAUCUUCACGUUAAGGGAAAGAGGAAAGCACCUCAACCUCCUGGGAAUUCUGAUUAUUCCACUGCUAGUUUGAGGAAGAGCAACAAACGAUUGGCUCCACCACCCCCUGGGCCAAAUUCAGAAUCUCCAAAACUUGGAUCAACCGUUUCGGAAACAUCGAUCGAAGAUAUAAGAACAACAUGUGAAACUCAAUCGCAAAUAACCAAAACGGUAGAAUAUCAAACUAGAACAUCUAUAUUCAAUUUCAAAGAACUAUCUUCUUAUCAAGAAUCGAAAUCAGUUGUGUCAGAAAACAACCAGAAUACAGCACUCGAGAAGAAUAAAAACAAAUUUCCUUCGUCAACUAGCAGUAUUGUCGAAUCACAAAGUAGCUUGGAUAUAAUCUCCAAUGAUUCUCUAAAAUUAGAUCAUGGUAUCCUCAAACCUGUGAAGGACGAGGAGCAGAAUAUCUACUCCGAGUGUUCCCCAUUUUCCUCGAAGGAACCUGCAGACGAUUCCAAACCUUGGUACAAGAGACACGAAUCAACAGCACAUUUGAAAAGAGAAUUUUUCAAAACUUCACACGAUAGUAAGUAUGAGCCCAUAGAAGUUCUACCUGAAGUUUCCUUCAACCGAAAUUCAACCAUCGAUUUAUGCCCCAACAAACCGAAAGAAGUAGUUAAAAAAGAAGAAAAAUUCGAGAAAAAGAAAGAAGAUAAGAGAAAAUCCGGAGUCUCACUCCUGGCAAAUAUAAGCGAAUUGGAUAGAGAAGCAGCUGAAAUAUUACAAAAGGAAAAAAUGAAUAACGUAGGUAAUUUCCAAGAGAUACCGGAGUUCAUGAAACCAAAAGAUGAAAAUAAGUCGGAUACCGACACCUGGGUUUCUCCAAAAAGAAGAUCGGCAAGGGAUUUGAUAGCCAAAUUCAACGCGAUUACCAAUGUGACGAAAGCCACUGUAAAUACAGCCUUUUUUGGAUCGACCCAGAAGAGGGAUUACUUUGGAAAAUCCUCAUCGAAGGACGCAAAGAAAAAACAAGAAACCUUAUUGGAAUCUCAUAAAAAACGAUUGGAGAUGAUAGAUAAUAAAAUCAAUAGCGAAAAAAAGCCUACUAUGGCUCCAUUAAUGAAAUCUGAAAGUGCCAGUAUUGUUAAGAAGCCUGACACUCCUAAGAGUGAAAGGAAAAGUUGGAACUGCCCGAAAUGUUACGUGGAAAACGAAUAUUGGAGAAUAAUUUGUCAUGUUUGCUCGGCCAUCAAACCCUAUUUUGAUGAUUUAUCUGCCAGUCCAAAUUUGAAGAAAAGCGAUAAAAGUUUCCUCAACAAAGACGCUAAUCAAAAUCAGUAUGAACGUAUUCUGGAAAGAUCGAAGACCCAAAUAGGUUUUUCAGCUCUCAGCAGUUUGAAUUCGAGCGCAAACAAGAAAAGUGAAAUAUACGGCAGUGGAUCUAGUGAAAGUACUAUUCGAAUUCAGGACAAGAAGGAAGAAAGAGAAAAACUGAAGAAAAUGCUGAUUGAAAUGAAGAACUCUCUACCAAAAAAGACUUACCAGAGUAAAGUAUCAGGUAGACAGCAAAUCAUCACCGAAAAACCGGAAUUAGAAGUGAAAAAAAUUGAAACUAAAGAAGUUCCUCUCUACAUCGAAUCGUCCGAUACUGAUAACGAAGAAGUUGAAGACACUCCUUCUGAAACACCAUCAGGAAGCAUACAACAAUAUGAGAAGAAAGAAGAUAAUAUCGAAGAAAAAGUUGCAUCUAUAUUGAUAGGCACCAAAGAAACCAUUUACGAAAACAUAAAAGUGAAGAGAACCUCCGAUCCUAAACCCAUAAAGGUUUCCUCUUCCGUUCAAACUACCUCAGUUAUUUCAAAACCCCCAGAGCCAUCCAAGAGAGUCAACAUAACAACAAUGGUGAAAAAAAAAAACAGCUUCGAGCCUAUGAAAGUGGAAGAUUUUGAAGAUAUUUACAGUGAUAAAGAUGGAAGUUCGGCUGCAAGGAUUUACGCCAAUUUGGCUCAGAAUGAUGAGCUGAGUUUAUUCUUCAAUAUGCCGAAAAAUCUCACCGAAAUGAAGAACACUCUGAGCAAGAUGAAGUUGCAGAAUAAGAACAAGGAUACUAUUGAAAUUAAUAGGUUGUUGCGAAGGUUAGAAGUAGCAAUUGCUAGAGGUGAGUUGACCCAAGCUGCUGAUUUCGCCAAAGAAUUGGCCCAUCUCAGAGUCAACUGCUCUGUGAUACGUCAAAAAUCGAGUUCAGAAGAGAAGGAAAUCAAUAAAGAUGGAUUCAGUGUUGAUAUGUACGUUGAGGAUAAAGUUUCUCACAGAGGACCCUUCCCAUUUCAAGUCAGAGCAGAACAAACAGUAGGAGAGUUGAAGAGACAAGUAGAGAAAGAAUUUGAGAUACCAAUCAAUGUGCAGAGAUGGAUAUUGGGCAAGGAACUUGCAACAGACGAUUCUGCUACCCUCAAAGACAACAAUAUAACCGAUGGAUGUCCAAUAUUCUUAUAUUUGGUUGCACCAGAUUCAACUAUAAAUGAAAAUCAAGAGAAGCUCCCGAAGAAAGUAGAUGAGCCAUCUUCUUCUUCACAAAAUCUAAAAACUGAAACUCGUCCCCCUCCCAAAGAGGAAGAAAAACCCAUAGAAAAGAAGAAAGACGAACCGGCUAGACUUUACCCAGAAAUAAAUGUAUCCAAAACAGAAAUAUAUUCGGAAAAAUCUGGAGCUAUACCAAAAACCAAUGGACCGAAAAUAAUCAACGCAAUUCCUAAGGCUGUCGAAUCCAUGCCACGAACUGAAGAAAAGACUUCUGAUACUAGUCAAAAUUUGGAAAAAACCAAGGUUGAUAACAAACCGGAAAAACAUAACUUCAACGAAGUUGUCACUCAAACGGUGACGACAGCCUUGUUUGCUCCCGAUUUGGAAAAAGACAAGAUCGAAGAUUUUGAGGAUUACGAUGUCAAAACUCUGAAGCCAAAUAAAGAGCUGAAAGAAUGGGAAUGCCAUCUAUGUACUUUGUUGAAUCCUUUGAAUAGUAACGUAUGUGGAGUUUGUGCUACUGUCCGUCAAAUCCCCCCUGAAAAAGUAGAAAGGAAAAAUUUAAACACAAAAUCAUCUGCAUCUCAGGAAACUGGACAAAGUGGACAAACUUAUCUGCAACUGAUGAAUUUGGACAAUGAGGAGAUUGUUCACAAUACUGAAACCUUCGAGUGUGUAGUGUGCUUCAACGAAGUACCUCCAAAAGAGGGAGUGACGUUAAGAGAAUGUCUGCACCAAUUUUGUAAGGAGUGUGUGAGGCACACAGUGGAAUUCAGUGAAGAAGCGGAAAUCAGGUGCCCAUAUAGGGAUAAUCAAUACUCCUGCAAUAUAGCUCUUCAAGAUAGAGAAAUAAAAGCCUUGGUAUCUAAAACUGUAUACGAUCAACAUUUGGCUAAGUCAGUGGCACAGGCGGAAAAUAAAAUAGACAAAUCGUUCCAUUGUAAAACGCCGGACUGUAGAGGUUGGUGCAUUUUCGAAGAUAAUGUCAACGACUUCAGGUGUCCUGUGUGCAGAAAAGUCAACUGUUUGACAUGCCAGGCAAUCCAUAUGGGUUUGAAUUGCAAACAGUACCAACAGCGUAUGACUGAAGAGUCGGAGAGUGACGAAAAUGCCAAGCAGACCAGGGAAAUGCUAGACAAAAUGGUGAAAAACGGUGAGGCCUUAAAAUGCCCAACGUGCAACGUAAUAAUGAUGAAGAAAUGGGGCUGUGAUUGGUUGAGAUGUUCCAUGUGCAAGACUGAAAUCUGCUGGGUCACCAGAGGCCCCAGAUGGGGACCUGGUGGAAAGGGUGAUACCUCAGGAGGCUGCCAGUGUGGUGUGAACGGUGUCAAAUGCCAUCCGAAAUGCAAUUAUUGCCAUUGAAGGACAUAUUCAAAUAUUUUCACAUUUUCGAAAUGAGUACUUAUUACACUGGACAAAAAGUAACCAUGCUGACAUUCAAAAAUUUUCAUUUUGCCCAGAGCCGUAUCUAGGUACUAUUGCGCCUGUGGCAAUAUCUUAGACAGCGCCCCCCAUUUUCGAAGAUUUUUUUUCAUCGAUUAUAUUUUCUUAUAGUA